UUCCCUCCACUCAAAAACACAAAACAAUGAAGUUCCUAAUUAGAACAACAAAACUCCCAAACAAACACAACCCAAUCCAUCAUCUCUUCUUCUUCUUCUUCUCCAACUACUCAUCAUCCCCAACUUCUUCUUCUUCUUCUCCUCUCCCUCCCAACCUUCUCGCUCCUCUCACUCCCUACUUCACCCACAUGAAGCUCAAGCACUACUCCGCCGCCAAGCACCAGCUCCGCUCCUUCGCCGCUCUCGACGACCUCUCCUCCCCUUUCCCUUCCAUCGCCUCCUCCAUCCGCACCUCCUCCACCCUCUCCGGCGUCUCCCCAUCCACUGUAUUCGACAUGCUCUUUCGUGUCUAUUCUGAUGCUAAUCAUCUUUCCAGAGCUUUAGAGACCUUCGAGCUCUUGCUCUCGGAGUUCGGCCGGGUCGAUGGCAGGUCCUGUGGCGUUUAUCUCCACGCUCUCCGGCGGUUGGGGCGGAUGGAUUCAGCUCUUGAAUUCUUCAAUAGGAUUCUUGAAAUUGACUGCAUUGAUGUUUCGGAGCACUCUAUGGCGAUCUUGGUUGAUGGGUUGUGUGAUAUUGGGGACAUUGAGGCUGCUCGCAAGGUGUUCGAUGAAAUGCUUCAGAGAGGAUUGCGGCCAAAUAUUUUGUCGUAUAAUUCUCUUGUUGAAGCUUAUCUCAAAAGAUUGGAUUUUGAUGAGGUUGAUGAGGUUUUGAAGCUCGUUGAUGCGAAUAGUGUUCGUCGUAAUGCCGCAACUUAUACAGUUCUCAUCAAUGGCUUCGCUGGCUCCGGUGAUAUCGAUAAGGCCGAGAAAGCUUUCGAGGAGGCUAAAAAUAUGGAAGGAUUGGUUGGAGAUGUCUACCUUUACACUUCGAUUAUCAAUGCUAAUUGUCGAGUUGGAAAUAUUAAGCGGGCACUUGCGCUGUUCGACGAGUGUGUUGCCAAAGGCAUUUGUCCUAAUGAUCGAACAUAUGGUGCGCUGAUCAAUGGACUGUGCAAGGCCGGGCAGGUAAUUGCCGCGGAGAUGUUGAUAGAUGAAAUGCAGCAGAAAGGGAUUGACUACAAUCAAGUGAUAUUCAACACGAUGAUCGACGGAUAUUGCAAGAAAGGAAUGAUUGACAAGGCGCUUCAUCUUAAAUCAGUCAUGGAGAAGAAAGGAAUGCAGCUUGAUGUGUACACGUACAAUACGAUUGCCUGCGGCCUUUGCAAGUUGAACCGAUUGAAGGAUGCUAAGAGGAUUUUGUAUGAAAUGGUUGAUAGUGGUGUCGAUGCGAACACAGUGAGUUUGACAACGUUGAUUGAUGUGCUAUGUAAGGAAGGUGAUUAUGUCGAAGCAAGAAGGUUGUUUAGGGAGAUGGGAAAUAAAGGUUCGACACCAAAUGUCAUUACUUACAAUGUGUUGAUUGAUGGGUAUAGCAAGAAAGGAAGUAUCAGAGAGGCUGAAAGAUUGAAGAAGGAGAUGGAGAAGAAGGGAAUUGUACCGGAUGUGUAUACUUAUACAUCAUUAAUCCACGGGCAUUGUGUUGGUGGGAAGGUGAGAGUGGCGAAGAAAUUGUUCGAUGAGAUGAAGAAACGUGGUUUGACAGCGAACGUCGUUACAUACACUGUGUUAAUCUCCGGGUUGUCAAAAGAAGGGCAGUCCGAGGAGGCAUUUCGGUUGUAUGAGGAGAUGAUAAAAGCAGGAUUAAAGCCUGAUGAUUCUGUUUAUUCAUCUCUCGUUAGCAGCUUUCAUAUGACAACAAAUUCUAAACAUGAAGCAACUUGAAGACUUUCAUUUGCUGAGCAUUUUUGUAUCAUCAACAAAAAUUUCCAAUUGCCAAAAUGAAUACGAUGAUAACUCAGUAUUUUUAUUCAUGCUGACAUGAGAAAAUAAAAUAGCCGGUUUACAAGUCAAUAAAGAUUACACCGGUUCUUUGACUCGAUUUGAUGAACAACGGCAAAUGCUUGAACAUAAGUACAAUUCAUGGUCACCAACGCUAGGAAUAUGCAUACAGCAUAAUUUGCAUAGUUACAACAAUAAACCCUGGCGUCGAGACUGCAGUAAUUUGUUUUUUAAGAAUUGGAAUCCUCGGUUUUAUCUGGAAGUGCUUCGGCUUUCUCUGAGUUAUCCUUGACCUUUUGAUCUCCCGAUUCUUUAGCAUGAUCGGCUGUGUCAUGCA